AUGUUCUCUAACUCCAUGGAGCUCCAUGUCAUGGAUGUGGCAGGGCGUUCUCCAACCUCGUACUCAAACCUCCAGUCCCAAGAUACUCCCGCAGGAGUAAUUUCUGAAAGUCACUGCCGCAGCAGUGCAGCGAUUUUUGACAGCGAGGCAGAGAGUGACAGCGAUGAAGAUCUUCCCCCAAACCUUGAAGCUCUUGACAACAUUGCAGAUGAAGAGACGACACCAGUCCUAAAUGAGGCAGAAGAGGAUCGCUUCCUUCUGCUCCUCCGCUGUCUUCACUUCGCAAACAAUGCGACAGCAGUUUCCAAUGACCCGCUGAAAAAAAUCAGACACAUAUUUACUGCUCUCACCUCCUCCUUUCGUCGCAUUUUUGUGCCAUACAGGGAUCUGUGUGUGGAUGAGUCUCUGAUGAAGUGGAAAGGCAGGCUGGCAUUUCGUCAGUUCAUUCCAUCUAAACGGCACAGAUUUGGGGUCAAGUUUUUUGUUUUGUGUGAUGUGCUAACUGGUUAUGUGGAGGACAUGAUAAUUUACACCGGAUCUACCACUGACAUCCAACAUUACCCAGGACUUGGGAUUUCUGGGUCCGUUGUGAUGACACUUCUAGCACCUUACCUAAAAAAAUGUCAUGUUCUUUAUGUGGACAACUGGUACAGUAGUCCCACACUUUUCCAGCACCUCUUGUCACUUGGCACUGGAGCUUGUGGGACCGUGCGUGCAAACAGGAAAGGAAUGCCAAAGUUCACCUGUAAGAUGAAAAAAGGUGAGGUGGAAUUCGAAGAGAAUGGGUCACAGAUGGCAGUAAAAUGGCACGACAAGAGGGAUGUUCAUGUCCUUACCACAGUCCACCCAACUGGUAUGGCAGCUACAGGCAAGCUUGAUCACAUCACUGGGCAACCAAGGAUGAAGCCAGUCUGUGUGCUGGAGUAUAACGAAAAGAUGGGGGCAGUUGACAAAGCUGAUAUGAUGACUGGUUUCCAUGAAUGCACCAGAAAGUCUACCAAGUGGUACAAGAAGAUAUUUUUUCAUGUACUUGACACUGUUUUACUCAACAGCCACAUCGUCUACCGGCAAAUUACUGGAAAGGAAAUCACCUCCCUACAAUUCAGGACGAACCUGAUGAGAGGGCUGCUGGAGGAGUACAGCACAUUGCGCGGUCCAACCAAAGGAGGCCGUCCGGCCUUGGACACUCCUCUGCGCCUUACAGCCAGGCAUUUCCCAUCUGAAGUCCCUCAGACCACUUCCCAGGGCAGCAAGACCAGGCGGCACUGCAAGGUCUGCCUCUCCAGCACAUGCAAGGGCAAGCAGAGGCGCCUCACCAAGCACAUGUGUGUGCCAUGCAACACUCCCUUGUGUGCUGUCCCAUGUUUUGAGGAGUACCACACACUGAAGCAUUAUUAA